AUGAGAUUCCAUCCGGACACCCUGCAGUACUGGCCGACCGUGUACGUGAACGAGUUUUGGCUCCUGAGGGACCACCACGUGCCGCUCAACGCGUCGGUGGCUGCGGCAAACUUGACUCUUACCGUGGCGCCGCUGAGUCUGUUCAGGUGGCAGCUGUACGAGCAGAUGGAGCGGACGUUCGAGCAUCAGCGCGCGAUGGGGACGCAGGGCGAGGGCGACGGGGACGAGCUCAAGCGCAUAUUCCUCGAGGGUAACCCGAUUUUGCUGGCGGUGACCACCGUCGUGAGCGUGUUUCACACAGUUUUCGACAUGCUGGCGUUCAAGAACGACAUCGGCUUCUGGCGGCAUAACAAGAGCAUGGAGGGUCUGAGCGCCCGGACGAUCAUAUUCAACGCGGGAUGCCAGCUGGUAAUCUUCCUGUACCUGCUGGACAACGAGACGAGCUGGAUGGUCCUCCUUAGCAGCGGCCUGGGUCUGAUCAUUGAGGGGUGGAAGAUUACCAAAGCGAUGGACGUGUCGAUCAAGCCCGCCUUUCCCUUUCUGCAGAUCAAGGACAAGUUUGGGUACACCAAGAGCGACACCGCGAGGCACGACGAGGUUGCCAUGCGGUACCUCUCUUACGCCCUCUACCCUCUGGUGGGGUGCUACGCGAUUUACAGCGUGAUUUACAACGAACACCGGGGAUGGUACUCGUUCGUUUUGAACACGCUCGUGGGAGCCGUGUACCUGUUCGGUUUCAUCACUAUGUGUCCUCAGUUAUACAUCAACUACAAGCUCAAGUCCGUGGCACACCUGCCCUGGAGGCAGAUGACCUACAAGUUCCUCAACACCAUAAUCGACGACCUUUUCGCGUUCGUGAUCAAGAUGCCAACCAUGCACAGGCUGUCGGUGUUCAGAGACGACAUUGUUUUCCUCAUCUUCCUGUACCAGCGGAGGAUCUACAGGGUGGACAAGACCCGCGUGAACGAGUUCGGGUUCAGCGGCGAGGCUCCCCCAGAUGCGAUCGACGAGAAAAAAGAGGACGAGGAUAAGGAGGGAAAGAAGGACAAGUAG